CUCAUUUGAGUUCGGGUGUUACUGGCGAUAUUUAUUCUAGAAAAUUAUCCCAAAUGUUGUGAUUAUAAAGCUUUCCUAAAGCUUGGCCGGCAAGAUGCCGGGGUUAGUCAUGUUUAGAAGGCGUUGGUCGGUAGGGAGUGAUGAUUUUGUGUAUCCAAAUUUGCUGGAAAUUAUACUUCGAUUGGCCUGGUUGAUAGCAAUAUCUGUGGUGUUCUAUAUAAAUCAUGAUAAUUUUACCUGUCAAGAUGCAAAUUUGUUGAAGAUAUAUCAUAUUGGUCUUCUAGUAAUACAGAUAUUAAAUAUUCUUGUGGCAACCACAAUAAUGAUUGUUAGCAUGAAGGGAACAAUUGCUGUUUCUGAACCACGUUCCAAGAUGGCGCUGUUACUAUACAUCAAAUUGGGAGUGUUGGUACCAGAAUGUGUGUGGGUGAUUCUGGGUACCUAUUGGGCAUAUGGAUACACAUAUGCUUGUCCAGAAAUUCUAGUUUGGAUGGUAAAAGGAGCUGUUAUCUGUUCAUGGAUUGUGGGAUUUAUUGUUUUAGUAGUGAUAUUUAUUAUAUUUGAUCCAAUGGGAGAGUAUCAUCAGAAAAAUAGACUAGCUAAGCGAACGCCAGAAGGUGCUUUAGAAUAUCAGAGUGAUGCUGCUAAAAAAGCUUGGGAACGAAGAAUUAAAGUGAUAUGUUGUUGUGUAGCUAAUAACCAAGAAAACAGAGAUGCUUUUAUUGAAAUAUCAAAACUUGUUGCAGAUUUUUUUGUGGAUGUAGAUCUUGUACCCACUGAUAUAGCAGCUGGUUUAAUACUGGUGAAAAAACAACAAGCCCGGUCAGCAAGUCAGCUAAUAUCAGUUGUUAUUGACAGUCCUAGUUCAAGUAAUUUACAACCACAAAACACCUCCAGACGCAUACAACCACCCAAACCUUGGAUGACAAUCAGAUUAAUGAGGCAUUAUAUGACAUUUGCAGCAGCAAGUUAUGGAUGGCCUUAUUAUGUUUAUAAUAAUUUAGGAACUGGGUUAUGUAGAAUAUUGAAAAGAUCCAGAUGUUGUAGUUGUAUAAGAAAAGAAGACCAUAUAGUCAGUGAUAAUGCAUGUAGUUGUAAUACAGCUGGUAUUUUAAUGCAAACUGGUCUAGACAGAAAAGAUUUGAUAUAUGUCAGCUAUCAUAAUAAGGUUGCAGAAAUUCCAUUUUUUGUUGCUGUUGAUAGAAAAGAGAAUAAAGUGGUAAUAGCUAUUAGAGGGACAAUGUCGUUAGAGGAUGCUUUAACAGAUUUAUCUGCUGUUGGUGUUAAUAUUGAUGUGGAAGGUGUAACAGAUUGUUAUGUUCAUUGUGGUAUGUUAAAAUGUGCCAUGUAUAUAGAAUCACAAUUAAAAGAGUUACAGUUGAUUGAAAAAGGAUUUGAAGCAUUACCAGAGGCUACUGGUCUAGUUAUCACUGGUCACAGUUUAGGUGCUGGAGCAGCAGCCAUCUUAGCAAUGAAAUUACGACAUGAUUAUCCAGAUUUGAUUUGUUAUGCUUUCUCACCACCAGGAGGAUUGCUUAGUCCUAAUGCGAGUCAACAUGCCCAAGAUUAUAUUUGUUCAGUUAUACUGGGCAAAGAUGUCAUUCCACGUCUUGGUAUGCCAACCAUGAAUAAACUUAAAUGUCAGAUUUUGAAAGCACUUGCUGAAUGUCGUCGUCCAAAGUAUAAAAUACUAGCUGGAGGAUGUUUCCGUGUAUUUUGUGAUUGUUUAAUGAAAGACCAACUUCAUUCUAACCACUCUAGUAAAUCAUGUGAUGUAGAAUCAACAGGGCUUUUGAUUGAAAAGUUCAAGGAAUCACUAAAAACUGCUUUUGUAAACACCAAUAACAUGGUACAUGAUGAAGAAUGGCCAAUGCAUCCACCAGGUCAAAUUUUACAUAUUAUAGAAGAGGAAGAAGAAAGUGGGUGUUGCGGGAAACCUACAUUUUCAGCAGUGUGGGCUCAUCCUGAUGAUUUUAACGAAAUUAUUAUCAGUCACAAAAUGGUCUUUGAUCACAUGCCUGAAGAUGUUUUAGAGUCAUUAACCCAUCUUGAAAAGUCUAAUUUUAUACCAAUAGCUCAACUAGUACCAGAUAAUGGUGAUUCAUCGACUGCUUAAAAGUAUAGAAUUAUACAAAAUCAUUUUGCAAGAAUCAUCUUAUUUUUAUAGUCCUGUUUAAAAGUGUUCUGUUUCACUUAAUGUAAUAUUCUCAUUUACAUUUUCACCAGUGGUGAUAUGGGAUGGUGACAGGAAGGGUGACAAGAUUUUGUAAAGGUGCCCAAGAGGGUUUAGUAGAAAGCGAGCACCAAACUGUAGUACUAGAGGUUGCGAGUAAACUAAUCUGGGAAGUCUUGUAAGCCUGAUAGUUCCCUGGCCACAACACCACUUAUUAUCUCACUUAAAAUUAAAUUGUCUAUCUUUGUUCACUGUUAAAGAAUAUGACAGAGGCUUUGAGAACAAAAACUUGGCAAUAUCAGUGACACUAAUGGCACAAAAUCUUGGUUUGAUUGGAAUACAUUUAGAAACAUCAACUUAUAAUGCCAAUAGACAUGUUUUCCAAUUUCCACUAGACAAAUACUCUCCAUGGUGAUUGUUAACUUAUUCUAAACCCAUUUUGUAUUAAAACUAAAAAAAACGAUUCUAAACUAUUUGUAUUAAAAGUAAGUAAAAUAUCAUGGUUUGAUGUGGAUCAUUAAUAUAUUUAAUCAGAUAAUGAAUGUUUGGAAGAGGAUUAUUAACGUUAUGUGAGGAUAUUAUAUUUUGAUAGAAUUAAAGCUAACCUGAAAUAACAUAAAGAAAUUUGUAUUAUAAAUAAAACAACUUUGGAUUCUGUCAAUUAUUGUCUAAACCUUUUAGCUGACAUAUUUCAGAUAAAGUAAGAGUUUUGUGAUUUCAUGUACUAGUACAUCCUGGAAAAAAAGAAACGUUUUAGCAUAUCAAGUCUAUCUAUGGAUGUCAGAUUACUGUUAGUGAAAAAUCAUCGCUAUUGAUAUGGCAUAAAAUAAAAAUAUACAAAAUUUGAUUAUUUCUGUCAAAUUUGCUUUCAGAAAUCACUGUAAGACUUUCGCAUUGUGUAAGACUAUCUCUUUAAAAGUGUUCUUCCAAGUCACUGAUUUGUGCUUGCUUAACAAUGCAUUAGUAAAUGUCUUAUGAGUUAUUAAUUUUGUCUUUGUCUUGUUUUAAUUGUAAAAGCUAUAUUCACACUGCCUGCAUAAUGUGAAUCUCUUGACAACCAAUGAUAAACUGGUUUCACUUGUUAUCUAUCUUUUGUCAACAUUUGCUUCCACGGUUGUGAUAUCGCAGAUAAGAUCUAGGAGAAGCCAAAACUUGUUCCUGUGUAUUAGAAUAUGAUUUUGCAAUCUUUCCAUUGACCACCUAUAUCCAUGGAUUGGGUUAGUGGGAAUUUCUUCCCUUUAUUAUAAAAAAUAUACCAUAAUGGAUUGAACCCCAAUUGGUGGUGGAUCUUUAGAAUGCAUUUAUGUUGGCAUGAUAUAUGCAUCUCCAGUGUGGAUUGGUAGAUGUUUUCUUGCAGAAUAGUGUUCAGAUGCCGGAUAUGUCUUAACCGUGGCACCUGUGCUUGUUAGAUGUUUGGUCAAAAGUUAGUGCUGCACAAUGUUCUGAGUUUCCACUUCAGAUAAAAUGACAUCCUUUAUUAUAACAAACUUGUUUUUGUUAGCUCAGGUUGGUUUUAAAAGAAGUAGUUUAGAUGGAUAAUUAGAAUAAUUUGGUUGCCAUAGAAAGAAUUAGUUUAUCAGCAAGUGUAGGGUAAAUAAUUGCCAAGCCUGUUUGAUACUUGUGAUUUUAUCUUAGUUGAUAAAAGUCAAUUUGUUAAAUAUUUAUAUGGUAUUGAUUGUAUUGUUUAAUAUGUGAAGUAUAUUGUAUACACAUGUACAUUGAUUUUAAUUUGUUAUUUUCUUGUCAUUGUUAUAUUGUAAGAAGUCGAUACCUGAUUGAGUUUUUUUAUUUUUAAAAAUUGUAUAUUUUUGUGUAUGUAUUGAAAUAAAUGUUGUACAGUUAUUGUUAUUGUUUCAUGUCAAGUGAAUUGUGUUCAACAUUAAAAUGUUUACGCAUAAUAAUAAGAUUAUACUUAUGAUAUGGCUCAACUUUUACAGAAUCUGCUUUUUACUUACAAAAUACUUACAGGAUCUGCUUCUUACUUAAGACAACUUACAGUGUAUAAUACUGAAUUUGAAUAUUUUUGUAUUAGUAUUAUUAUAUUCAUACUAAUAAACUUAUUUUACAAUGUAAUCAAAUAUGAUUAUUAAGUAAGUUGAAUCAAGAUGGAAAAUGAAAAUUAUUAAAUACAAAGGUAAUAAUACCAAACCAAUUUAAGUUUUCGAAAUUAGUUCUUGUGGAUGAUAAGAUAAAUCUCAUGAAUUUUUUUUUUUUAAAUUUCAAAACUUUAAAAUUUGGAACUAAGAAAAAGAGCUUUUGAGAAGACCAACCAAAUAUUUUAUUUUAGUUACUAAUUACUUUCCUUAAUCAAUAUUAAUGAAAUAUUUGGAUUCUGUUGCAUAAAGAUUUGUCACAAUUUAUUAUCGGAACUCACAAUAUGUGAUUUUUAGCCAGUAACAUUACAUUUUUUAUUUUUAGUUCAAGUACAUUAUGCAGAGGAAUUAUUAUUUAUUAUAAAUCGACUUGUUGGCUAUUUGUAUUUAUAAAAGGUAAUUCAAAUGGCUAUUUUCAUUUUAGUUAUGUUUAAGUUUACUAUCUAUCAAGCUCUAUCUUAAUGGUUGUUUGUAAAAAGUUCUUUAUCAAUUUUAUGUUAAAAUAUUAGAAUUUUAUUCUUUGAAAAUUGAUUACGAACCAUUUUUUUUUUUAAUCUUUGGUUGUUUUUUUUUGAGUGGUGUGCAAUACAGCCCUGCUGUACUUACUAUUAGUGUUUCUUUUAAUAAUUUGAUUCUCAAUCAUUUUAUACAUCUGCUAAAGUUGUGUAUAUAUCAGGGCAUUUUAAUUAUUCAAACAGUUUUGUUGAAAAAAAGAAGAAAGGAGAAUUUGUUGGAUUGUUACUUACAAGAAAAACAAAAUCACCUACCAGGACUGAAAAAAAAGUUUUGAAGUGCCAAACAUAUUCCAAUGAUUUAUAUUAUCAUUGAUUCUAAAAAUAAAAUAUAUUAUCAUUGGUUCUAAAAAUGAAAUAUAUUAUCAUUGAUUCUAAAAAUGAAAUAUAUUACCAUUGAUUCUAAAAAUGAAAUAUAUUAUCAUUGAUUCUAAAAAUAAAAUAUAUUAUCAUUGAUUUGAAAAAUGAAAUAUAUUAUCAUUGAUUCGAAAAAUGAAAUAUAGUACCACUGAUUCAAAAUAUGAAAUAUAGUGUCGUUGCUUCUCAGAGGCAUUCAAAUUCGAAGUCCAUAAAUACAAAGUAGUGCCAUAGUAUGUGUACUAUGCCAGGUUUAACAUGACACAGUAACUGGUAUACCUAUGAUGGAGUAUGGUCAGGUUUUUCAAUAAUUAUAAGCAUACCCUGCCUGUUUAUAAUUUUAUUACUAAUCUACUAACGACAUAUAGGUCUACCUCAAUAUUUAUACAAGAUAAAUAUACUUUUUAUAACUUCUUAUAAUUACAAGUCAGGUGUUGUUGUCUGUGAAACAGUUGUUACUGUUGUUCAUGUAUAUGGUGCUGGUGUUCUUAUGGUGCUUUAUUUGUCUAAUUUUCAUAGUCACCAGUAUCUUCUGCACAUUGUAUUGUUAUUUCUCUUGAAGUAGGUACCCUCUAUUACUUCUUCUGCUGGGAUCACAGUAACAAUAACCUGAUGUCUUCUACAAACUGCACCUUUGCUGUACUCUCAAUAUAAAAUGCACAUCGAGUGAUCAUUAUUGAUCAAGAAAGUAUUUGUGUAUACUUCCAAACCAAUCAUACUGCACUCAUAGAAAAAGUUACUUCUGACAUAAAAUCAUAUUGUAUGUGAAUACAUGAUGGUCUUUUCUGCUGGCAGAAACCCAUAAAUAAAUUGUUUAUAUGUUAGACAGUGAUACUGUAUGUGUUGUUAUAUAAGAAUACAAAUCAUUUUAUUAAGAGUAUACUUGCUGUGUUGAAUUAUAGGAUAAUUAUCUAGUGUGGAUAGUAGUUGAUGUUUGGUUUGUUAGCUAAUGUUUGUUUCUGUUGGUUACUUGAUAUAAAAAUAUAAACACUACAGAUAAGGUCACAAACAUCAUGGAUUACCAGUAGCAGAUCUGCAUACUGUGGUAUUAAAGAAACCCCAGUGGGUCAUAACAUAAAAUGGCAAUAUUAUAGUAUAUUCCAUACUGUAAUGGCAAUAAAAUUAAAAGUGAGAAGUGUGGAAUUAUAAUUUUAUACAACCGAUUAUGAUUACUGUAUGAAAAGAAAUUAAUGUUUCAUGAAAUUAAUGCAAUAUGAAGGGAAUCAAUUAUGAUUACUGUAUGAAAAGAAAUUAAUGUUUCAUGAAAUUAAUGCUAUAUGAAGGGAAUCAAAAUUAAUGCAAACUCUCUUACCCUCUAUCUUAUCUGAUAAAAAGUGGCUUCAAGUUAUUUUGGCAUGUAGCUUAAGUCACUAUUUACCAGAUAACUAAUCUCUGCUUUCAGAACAAAAUGAAAGGGGUGAUUUGAUAAUUAACCAGACAAGUCUUGAAAGUAAUUGUUAUUAUUGUUUCCUUUUUGUACAUAACAAUACCAAUUUUGUACAUUAUAUUUUAAUAAAUUUAAUCUAAAGUAUAUUUUAAUAGAUUCAAUAUCAAGUGAUAUCAUUUUUUAUCUCACAUUUAAAAUUUUGUUCAGUGUCUAUAUAAAUAAAAUCAAAGAUGUGUGUAUGUUUGCUCAUCAUGCUUUGUCGCCGUGCUCCACCCCUACAUAUGUGGUAUCAAAUUAACCAGCAUGAUCCCAUGAAUGUUUUAAGCCAUCCAAUUCGGGCCCCGGGCGAAUCAUGCUUCGUCGUCGCCGCCUCCACGCUCCACCCGUACAUAUGUAGUAUCAAAUUAACCAGCAUGACCCAGUGAAUGUUUUAAGCAGUGGACACAAUAGCCGAAAUAUAUCACAUGUUUAAUUUGGGCGAAUCAUUUGGCCGAAUGAUAGUGAACACACUAGCUGAAUUUUGGCACCGAAGUCAAUCGGCUAGUGUGUCUACCACUUUAGACCAUCCAGUGGAAAUGAAAGGCCCCCCUCUCUCUCUCUCUCUCAGAUCCAGACUCUGGCGAGGGCCUGACCACAACCAGCUUUAUAAUAUCCUUUGGUACUAUAUCACAACAGUUCAAAUAAUAACUAGAAUCAAUUUUAAGUGUGUCUUUUCAUUAAAUUAAAUGUUAAUGUAUAAUUUAAGUAUAAGCACCAGCCUCUGAAAACCACACUUGAUUAAAUUUUUCCAUGUUGUCCAUUGUAUUA